CCAUUAUCAGUCGGUAUAAAAGCGGCCAAUUCUGACCAAACAGAACAUCAGUUCCAGUUUUUCCCGCACCAUCGAAGUCGUUCAAGCCGUCCCGUCUAAGAUGAAGCUGUUUAUCGCCAUUUUUGCCCUGAUCGCCGUGGCCGCCGCUGACUUUACCGUGAAGACCACGGACGAUCUGCAGACGUACCGCUCGGAGUGUGUGUCCUCGCUAUCCAUCUCGGACGAGCUGGUGGCCAAGUACCGCAAGUGGGACUUCCCAGAGGACGACACGACCCAGUGCUACAUCAAGUGUAUCUUCAACAAGAUGGAGCUGUUCGACGAUAACAACGGACCGAUCGUGGACAACCUGGUCCUGCAGCUGGCCCAUGGCCGUGAUGCCGACGAGGUUCGUGCGGAGAUCCUGAAGUGCGUGGACAAGAACACCGACGACAACUCGUGCCACUGGGCCUUCCGGGGCUUCAAGUGCUUCCAGACCAACAACCUGCAACUGAUCAAGGCCAGCAUCAAGAAGGAUUAGAGUGGUUUUAGUAGGGAGCAAAAUGAUCGGAUCGUGUAUUACCAGGAUGGUUUUUUGAAGGAAACGCUGGCUCUAACAAUGGUUUGUGGGAAAUUUGAUUGGAAAUUAAGAAAGAGAAAAUAAAGAGAGAUUUUUGUACUGAGCA